AUGGGCCCACGGAGGCCUGCUCUGCGGGCGGCACCGCUGCUGCUGUUCCUGCUGCUCUUCUUGGACACCACCAGUGUCCGGGCUCAAGAUGAAGUCCUGGAAAACUUCAGCUUGAACUGCCCAAAAGACGCAACUCGAUUCAAGCACCUCCGAAAGUACGUGUACAACUAUGAAGCUGAGAGCUCCAGCGGGGUCCGGGGCACUGCUGACUCCAGAAGCGCCACCAAAAUCAACUGUAAGGUAGAGCUGGAGGUCCCCCAAAUCUGCAGUUUCAUCAUGAGGACCAGCCAGUGUACCCUUAAAGAGGUGUAUGGCUUCAACCCUGAAGGCAAGGCUUUGAUGAAGAAAACCAAGAACUCUGAAGAGUUUGCAGCUGCCAUGUCCAGGUACGAACUCAAGAUGGCCAUUCCAGAAGGGAAACAAAUUGUCCUGUACCCUGACAAGGAUGAACCUAAACAUAUCCUGAACAUCAAGAGGGGCAUCCUCUCUGCUCUUCUGGUUCCCCCAGAGACAGAAGAGGACAAACAAGUGUUGUUCCUGGACACUGUGUAUGGAAACUGCUCGACUCAGGUUACCGUGAAUUCAAGAAAGGGAACCGUGGCAACAGACAUGUCUACAGAGAGAAACCUGCAGCAGUGUGAUGGCUUCCAGCCCAUCAGAACGAGUGUCAGCCCUCUUGCUCUCAUCAAAGGCCUGGUCCAUCCCUUGUCAACUCUUAUCAGCAGUAGCCAAUCUUGCCAGUACACCCUGGAUCCCAAGAGGAAGCAUGUGUCUGAAGCUGUCUGCAAUGAGCAGCAUCUUUUCCUGCCUUUCUCCUACAAGAAUAAGUAUGGCAUCAUGACGCAUGUUACACAGAAACUGAGCCUUGAAGACACACCUAAGAUCAACAGCCGCUUCUUCAGUGAAGGUACCAACCGGGUGGGUCUGGCCUUUGAGAGCACCAAGUCCACGUCACCGCCAAAGCAGGCUGAUGCUGUUUUGAAGACUCUUCAAGAACUGAAAAAAUUGUCCAUCUCAGAGCAGAAUGAUCAGAGAGCAAAUCUCUUCAAUAAACUGGUUACUGAGCUGAGAGGCCUCAGUGGUGAGGCAAUCACAUCCCUCUUGCCACAGCUGAUCCAAGUGUCCAGCCCCAUCACUUUGCAAGCCUUGGUUCAGUGUGGACAGCCACAGUGCUACACUCACAUCCUCCAGUGGCUGAAAACUGAGAAGGCUCACCCCCUCCUGGUUGACAUAGUUACCUACCUGGUGGCUCUGAUGCCAAAUCCCUCAACACAGAGGCUGCAGGAGAUCUUUAACACUGCCAAGGAGCAGCAGAGCCGAGCCACCCUGUAUGCACUGAGCCACGUGGUUAACAGCUAUUUUGAUGUGGACCAUUCAAGGAGCCCAGUUCUGCAGGAUAUUGCUGGUUACCUGUUGAAACAGAUUGACAAUGAAUGCAUGGGAGAGGAAGACCACACCUUCUUGAUUCUGAGGGUCCUUGGAAAUAUGGGCAGAACCAUGGAACAAGUAAUGCCAGCCCUCAAGUCCUCUGUCCUAAACUGUGUGAGAAGUACAAAGCCAUCUCUGCUGAUUCAGAAAGCUGCUAUCCAGGCCCUGAGGAAGAUGGAGCUGGGAGAUGAGGUCCGAACGAUCCUUUUUGAUACUUUUGUGAAUAGCGUUGCUCCAGUGGAGAAGAGACUGGCUGCCUAUCUCCUGCUAAUGAGGGGCCCCUCCUCAUCAGAUAUUAACAAAAUCAGCCAACUUCUCCAAUGGGAACAGAGUGACCAGGUGAAGAACUUCGUGGCAUCACACAUUGCCAACAUCUUGAAUUCAGAAGAACUGUAUGUCCAAGAUCUGAAAAAUUUGAUCAAAAAUUCUCUGAAGGAUUCUCAACUCCCAACGGUCAUGGACUUCAGAAAAUUUUCCCAAAACUAUCAAAUUUCCAAAUCGGUUUCUCUCCCAUUGUCUGACCCAUUCUCAGCCAAAAUAGAAGGGAAUCUUAUAUUUGAUCCAAGCAGUUAUCUGCCCAAGGAAAUCUUGCUGAAAACAACCCUCACAGUCUUUGGACUUGCUUCACUUGAUCUCUUUGAGAUUGGUUUAGAAGGAAAAGGCUUUGAGCCAACACUGGAAGCUCUUUUUGGUAAGCAAGGAUUCUUCCCAGACAGUGUCAACAAGGCUUUAUAUUGGGUCGAUGGUCGAGUCCCAGAUCGUGUCUCCAAGGUCUUGGUGGACCACUUUGGUUAUACUAAAGAUGACAAGCAUGAACAGGACAUGGUGAAUGGAAUCAUGCCCAUUGUGGACAAGUUGAUCAAAGAUCUGAAAUCUAAAGAAAUUCCUCAAGCCAGGGCCUAUCUCCGCAUCCUGGGAAAAGAGCUUGGCUUUGUCAGGCUCCAAGACCUCCAAGUUCUGGGAAAGCUGCUGCUGAAUGGUGCGAAAACUUUUCAGGGACUCCCCCAGAUGGUUGUACAGGCCAUCCGAGAAGGGUCAAAGAAUGACUUGUUUCUCCACUACAUCUUCAUGGAGAAUGCCUUUGAGCUCCCCACUGGAGUAGGGUUACAACUGCAAGUGUCUUCGUCUGGAGUCAUCACCCCCGGGAUUAAGGCUGGUGUGAGACUGGAAUUAGCCAAUAUUCAGGCAGAGCUAGUGGCAAAGCCCUCUGUGUCCUUGGAGUUUGUGACAAAUAUGGGCAUCAUCAUCCCAGACUUUGCUAAGAGCGGUGUCCAGAUGAACACCAAUUUCUUCCAUGAGUCGGGCCUGGAGGCUCGAGUGGCCCUGAAGGCUGGGCAGCUGAAGAUCAUCAUUCCUUCUCCAAAGAGGCCAGUCAAGCUGUUCAGUGGCAGCAACACACUGCACCUGGUCUCUACCACCAAAACGGAAGUGAUCCCACCUCUGAUUGAGAACAGGCAGUCCUGGUCAAGCUGCAAGCCUUUCUUCACUGGCAUGAAUUACUGCACUACAGGGGCUUACUCCAAUGCCAGCUCCACGGAGUCUGCCUCUUACUACCCACUGACAGGGGACACGAGGUAUGAGCUGGAACUGAGGCCCACAGGAGAGGUGGAGCAGUAUUCUGCCAGUGCAACCUAUGAACUCCUAAAGGAGGACAAGUCUUUGGUUGACACACUGAAGUUCCUAGUUCAAGCAGAAGGAGUACAGCAGUCUGAAGCUACUGCAAUGUUCAAAUAUAAUCGGCGAAGCAGGACCUUAUCUAGUGAAGUCCUAAUUCCAGGGUUUGAUGUCAACUUUGGGACAAUCCUAAGAGUUAAUGAUGAAUCCACUAAGGACAAAAACACUUACAAACUCAUCCUGGACAUUCAGAACAAGAAAAUCACGGAGGUCUCUCUCGUAGGACACGUGAGUUAUGACAAAAAGGGAGACGGCAAGAUCAAAGGUGUUGUUUCCGUACCACGUCUGCAAGCAGAAGCCAGGAGUGAGGUCCACACCCAUUGGUCCCCCACCAAGCUGCUCUUCCAAAUGGACUCAUCUGCUACAGCUUAUGGCUCAACAAUUUCCAAGAGAGUGGCAUGGCGUUACGAUAAUGAGAAAAUCGAAUUUGAUUGGAACACGGGAACCAAUGUGGACACCAAGAAGGCAGCCUCUAAUUUCCCUGUGGAUCUUUCCCGUUAUCCUAGAAUGUUGCAUGAGUAUGCCAAUAGUCUCCUGGAUCACAGAGUCCCUCAAACAGAUGUGACUUUCCGGCACAUGAGUUCCAAAUUAAUUGUUGCAACAAACACAUGGCUUCAAAUGGCAACCAGGGGUCUUCCUUACCCCCAAACUCUACAGGAUCACCUCAAUGGCCUCUCAGAGUUGAACCUCCUGAAAAUGGGGUUAUCUGACUUCCAUAUCCCAGACAACCUCUUCCUAAAGACUGACGGCCGAGUCAAAUAUACACUGAACAAGAACACAAUAAAGAUUGACAUCCCUUUGCCUUUGGGUGGCAAGUCUUCAAAAGACCUCAAGAUGCCAGAGAGUGUGAGGACACCAGCCCUCAACUUCAAGUCUGUGGGAUUCCAUCUGCCCUCUCGAGAGGUUCAGGUCCCCACUUUUACAAUUCCCAAGACACAUCAGCUGAAAGUGCCUCUCUUGGGUGUUCUAGACCUUUCCACAAAUGUCUACAGCAACUUGUACAACUGGUCAGCAUCCUACACUGGUGGCAACACCAGCAGAGACCACUUCAGCCUGCAGGCUCAGUACCGCAUGAAGGCUGACUCUAUGGUUGACCUGUUUUCCUACAGUGUGCAAGGAUCUGGAGAAACAACAUAUGACAGCAAGAGCACAUUCACAUUAUCCUGUGAUGGAUCUCUACACCAUAAAUUUCUAGAUUCAAAAUUCAAAGUCAGCCAUGUAGAAAAAUUUGGAAACAGCCCAGUCUCAAAAGGUUUACUAACAUUUGAAACAUCUAGUGCCUUGGGACCACAGAUGUCUGCUACUGUUCACCUGGACUCAAAAAAGAAACAACAUUUGUAUGUCAAAGACAUCAAGGUUGAUGGACAGUUCAGAGCAUCUUCAUUUUACGCUCAAGGCAAAUAUGGCUUGUCUUGUGAAAGAGAUGCUACAACUGGCCAGCUGAGUGCCGAAUCCAACAUGAGAUUUAACUCUACCUACUUCCAGGGCACCAACCAGAUAGUGGGAAUGUACCAGGAUGGAACCCUGUCCAUCACCUCCACCUCCGACCUGCAAGAUGGCAUAUUCAAGAACACAGCUUCCUUGAAAUAUGAAAACUAUGAGCUGACUCUGAAAUCCGACAGCAGUGGGCAGUAUGAGAACUUUGCUACUUCCAACAAGCUGGACAUGACCUUCUCUAAGCAAAGUGCAUUGCUGCGUUCUGAACACCAGGCCGAUUACAAGUCCCUGAGGCUUGUCACCCUUCUUUCAGGAUCCCUCACUUCCCAGGGUGUAGAAUUAAAUGCUGACAUCCUGGGCACCGACAAAAUUAAUACUGGUGCUCACAAGGCAACACUAAAGAUUGCACGAGAUGGACUAUCAACCAGUGCAACCACCAACUUGAAGUACAGCCCCCUGAUGCUAGAGAAUGAGUUGAAUGCAGAGCUUGGGCUCUCUGGGGCAUCCAUGAAAUUAUCAACAAAUGGCCGCUUCAAAGAGCACCAUGCAAAAUUCAGUCUUGAUGGGAGAGCAGCCCUCACAGAGGUGUCAUUGGGAAGUGUUUACCAGGCCAUGAUUCUGGGUGCAGACAGCAAGAAUAUCUUCAACUUUAAACUCAGCCGAGAAGGGCUGAGGCUGUCCAAUGACUUGAUGGGCUCCUAUGCUGAGAUGAAAGUAGACCACACACACAGUCUGAACAUUGCAGGUCUCUCGUUGGACUUCUUCUCAAAAAUGGACAAUAUUUACAGUGGAGACAAGUUUUAUAAGCAGAAUUUUAAUUUACAGCUACAGCCCUAUUCUUUUGUAACUACUUUAAGCAAUGACAUGAGAUACGACGCUCUAGAUUUGACCAACAGUGGAAGGUUACGGCUGGAACCACUGAAGCUGAAUGUGGGUGGCAAUUUUAAAGGAACCUAUCAAAAUAAUGAGCUGAAACACAUCUAUACCAUCUCUUAUACUGACUUGGUAGUAGCAAGUUACAGAGCAGACACUGUAGCUAAGGUUCAGGGUGUGGAGUUCAGCCAUAGGCUAAAAGCAGACAUUGAAGGGCUGGCUUCCUCCGUUGAUGUCACUACCACCUACAAUUCAGAUCCAUUACAUUUUAACAAUGUUUUCCGCUUUUUUCUGGCACCAUUUACCUUGGGUAUUGACACACAUACAAGUGGUGAUGGGAAACUGUCCCUCUGGGGAGAACACACUGGGCAGCUGUAUACUAAGUUUCUGUUGAAAGCAGAACCUCUGGCACUUACUUUCUCUCAUGACUACAAAGGAUCCACGAGCCACAACCUCCUGUAUAAGAACAGCAUCAGCACAGCUCUUGAACACACAGUCAGUGCCUCACUGACACCAGCUGAGCAGACAAGCACCUGGAAAUUAAAGAUCAAACUGAAUGACAAGGUAUAUAGCCAGGACUUUGAAGCCUACAACACUAAAGACAAAAUCGGUGUUGAGCUUAGUGGACGGACUGACCUCUCUGGGCUGUACUCUCCAAUUAAACUGCCAUUUUUCUACAGUGAGCCUGUCAAUGUCCUUAAUGACUUAGAGAUAAAUGAUGCUGUUGACAAGCCCCAAGAAUUCGCAAUUGUUGCUAUCGUGAAGUACGAUAAGAACCAGGAUGUGCACACCAUCAGCCUCCCAUUCUUCAAAAGCUUGCCAGAUUAUUUGGAGAGAAAUCGAAGAGGAAUUAUAAGUCUACUGGAGGCCAUGCAGGGGGAAUUAAAACGCCUCAGUGUUGAUGAGUUUGUGAGGAAAUACAGAGAGGCCCUGAACAGACUUCCUCAGCAGAUUCAUGAUUAUCUGAAUGCUUCUGACUGGGAGAGACAAGUAGCUAGUGCCAAGGAAAAAUUAACUUCUUUCAUAGAAAAUUACAGAGUUACAGACAAUGAUGUACUAAUUGCCAUAGAUAGUGCCAAAAUCAACUUCAAUGAAAAACUCUCUCAACUUGAGACAUACGCGAUACAAUUUGAUCAGUAUAUUAAAGAUAAUUAUGAUCUGCAUGAUUUAAAAAGAACUAUUGCUCAGAUUAUUGAUCGAAUCAUUGAAAAGUUAAAAAUUCUUGAUGAACAGUAUCAUAUCCAUAAAAAUCUAGCAAAAUCAAUCCAUAAUCUAUAUUUAUUUGUGGAAAAUGUUGAUCUUAACCAAAUCAGUAGUAGGAGUGCCUCUUGGAUCCAAAAUGUGGAUACCAAAUAUCACAUCAGAAUCCAGAUACAAGAAAAACUACAACAGCUCAGAAUGCAAAUUCAGAAUAUAGACAUUCAGCAACUUGCUGAAGAAGUAAAACAACAGAUUGAAGCUAUUGAUGUCACAGUGCAUUUAGAUCAACUGAGAACUGUGAUUCUAUUCCAAAGAAUAAGUGACAUUAUUGAGCGUGUCAAAUACUUUGUUAUGAAUCUUAUUGAAGAUUUUAAAGUAACUGAGAAAAUCAAUACUUUUAGAGUUAUAGUCCGUGAGCUAAUUGAAAAAUAUGAAGUAGACCAACAAAUCCAGGAUUUAAUGGAUAAAUCAGUAGAGUUGGCCCACAGAUACAGCCUGAGUGAGCCUCUUCAGAAACUAAGUAAUAUGCUACAGCAAAUUGAGAUAAAAGAUUACUAUGAGAAAUUGGUUGGGUUUAUUGAUGAUACUGUCAAGUGGCUUAAAGCAUUGUCUUUCAAAAAUACCAUUGAAGAACUAAAUAGAUUUAUUGACACGUUGGUGAAGAAGUUGAAAGACUUUGAUUACCACCAGUUUGUAGACAAAACCAACAGCAAAAUCCGUGAGAUAACUCAGAGAAUAAAUGCUGAAAUCCAAGCUCUAGAACUUCCACAGAAAACUGAAGCAUUAAAACUGUUGGUAGAAGACUUCAAAACCACGGUCUCCAACUACCUAGAAAGACUCAAGGACACCAAAGUAACUGUGGUCAUUGAUUGGCUGCAGGAUGUUUUGGCUCGAAUAAAAGCCCAUUUCCAAGAUACUCUAGAAGAUGUAAGAGACAGAAUUUAUCACAUGGACAUUCAGUGGGAACUGGAGCGCUGCUUGUCUCUGGUAAGCCAAGUAUACACUACACUGGUCACCUAUAUUUCUGACUGGUGGACUCUGACUGCUAAAAACAUAACAGACUUCGCAGAGCAAUAUUCCAUUCAAAACUGGGCUGAGAGCAUAAAAGUGCUGGUGGAACACGGAUUCAUAGUUCCUGAAAUGCGAACAUUUCUGGGGACCAUGCCUGCAUUUGAGGUCAGUCUCCGUGCUCUCCAAGAAGCUAACUUUCAGACCCCUGACUUUAUAGUCCCCUUGACGGAUUUGAGGAUUCCAUCAACUCGGCUAAACCUCAAAAUGUUAAAGAAUAUAAAAAUCCCAUUGAGAUUUUCCACUCCAGAAUUCACUCUUCUCAACACCUUCCAUGUCCGUUCCUUUACAAUUGACUUGCUGGAGAUAAAAGCAAAGAUCAUUAGAACUAUCGACCAAAUGCUGAGCAGUGAGCUACAGUGGCCUCUUCCAGAAGUGUACUUGAGAGACCUGGGGAUGGCGACCAUUCCUCUUGCAAGACUCACUCUGCCAGACUUCCAUGUACCAGAAAUCACAGUUCCAGUAUUCACAAUUCCAAAUGUCAAUCUCAAAGAUUUACAGGUUCCUGAUCUCCACAUACCAGAAUUCCAGCUUCCCCGCCUCUCACACACAAUUGAAAUACCUGCUUUUGGCAAAUUGCAUAGCAUCCUGAAGAUCCAAUCUCCUCUCUUUAUAUUAGACGCUAAUGCCAACAUACAGAAUGUAACUACUUCACAGAACCAAGCAGAGAUUGUGGCUUCUGUCACCGCUAGAGGAGAGUCCAAAUUUGAAGCUCUCAAUUUUGAUUUCCAAGCACAGGCUCAGUUCCUGGAGUUAAAUCCUAAUCCUCCGGUCCUGAAGGAAUCCAUGAACUUCUCCAGUAAGCAUGUGAGCAUGGAGCAUGAGGGUGAGAUAUUAUUUUCUGAAAAGGCCAUUGAGGGAAAAUCAGACACUGUCGCAAGUUUACACACAGAAAAAAAUACAGUAGAGUUUAAUAAUGGUAUGAUUGUCAAGAUAAACAAUCAGCUCACCCUUGAUAGUCACACAAAGUACUUCCACAAGUUGAGUGUCCCCAGGCUGGACUUCUCCAGUAAGGCUUCUUUUAAUAAUGAAAUCAAGACACUAUUAGAAGCUGGACAUGUGACAUGGACAUCUUCAGGGACAGGGACAUGGAACUGGGCCUGUCCCAACUUCUCAGAUGAAGGCACACAUUCGUCCCAAAUUAGUGUUACUAUGGAAGGCCCCAUUGCUUCUUUUGGAUUUUUCAAUAACAUAAAUGGCAAACACUUAAGGGUCAUCCAAAAACUGACUUAUGAAUCUGGCUUCCUCAACUAUUCUAAGUUUGAAGUUGAGUCAAACGUUGAAUCUCAGCACGUGGGCUCCAGCAUUCUAACUGCCAAAGGUCAAGCACUGCUCAGGGAUGCAAAGGCAGAAAUGACUGGUGAACACAAUGCCAACUUAAAUGGAAAAGUAAUUGGAACUUUGAAAAAUUCUCUUUUCUUUUCAGCACAGCCAUUUGAGAUUUCAGCAUCCACAAAUAAUGAAGGAAAUUUGAAAGUUAGUUUUCCACUAAAGUUGACUGGGAAAAUAGACUUCCUGAAUAACUAUGCAUUGUUUCUGAGUCCCCAUGCCCAACAAGCAAGCUGGCAAGCAAGUGCUAGAUUCAAUCAGUACAAAUACAAUCAAAAUUUUUCUGCUAUGAACAAUGAACACAACAUAGAAGCCAGUAUAGGAAUGAAUGGAGAUGCCAACUUGGAUUUCUUAAACCUACCUUUAACAAUUCCUGAAAUUAAUUUACCUUACACGGGGUUCACAACUCCCUUACUGAAGGAUUUCUCCAUAUGGGAAGAAACAGGCUUGAAAGAAUUUUUGAAGACAACAAAGCAAUCGUUUGACUUGAGUGUAAAGGCUCAAUAUAAAAAGAGCAAAGACAAGCAUUCCAUUGUUGUUCCUCUGAAUAUGUUUUAUGAGUUUAUUCUCAACAAUGUCAAUUCUUGGGACAGAAAAUUAGAAAAAGCCAGAGACAAUGCAGAGACAAUUCCUAACAUCAAGGUGCCUUCAAACAGGUUAGUGCUGCCAUCUCUGGAGUUGCCAGUGUUUCAUGUUCCUAGGAAUCUAUUCAAGUUUUUCCUCCCAGAUUUCAAGGAAUUGAGCACUAUUGACAAUAUUUAUAUUCCAGCCAUGGGAAAUUUUACCUAUGAUUUUUCUUUUAAAUCAAGUGUCAUCACACUGAAUACCAAUGCUGGACUUUAUAACCAAUCAGAUAUCGUUGCCCACUUCCUUUCUUCCUCUUCAUUGGUCACAGAUGCCCUACAGUACAAAUUAGAGGGUACAUCACGUCUGAUGCGGAAAAGAGGAUUGAAGCUAGCCACAGCUGUCUCUCUAACUAACAAAUUUAUAAAGGGCAGUCAUGACAGCACCAUUAGCUUGACCAAGAAAAAUGUGGAAGCAUCAGUGAGAACAACUACCAACCUCCACAUUCCCAUUUUCACAAUGAACUUCAAACAGGAACUUAAUGGAAAUACCAAGUCAAAACCCACUGUUUCAUCAUCCAUUGAACUAAACUAUGACUUCAAUUCCUCAAAGCUGCACUCUACUGCAAAAGGAGGCGUUGACCACAAGUUCACCUUAGAAAGUCUCACCUCCUACUUUUCCAUUGAGUCAUUCACCAAAGGAAAUAUCAAGGGUUCUUUCCUUUCACAGGAAUAUUCAGGAAGUGUUGCCAAUGAGGCCAAUGCAUACCUGAAUUCCAAGGGUACUAGGUCUUCAGUAAGGCUACAGGGAGCUUCCAAAGUUGAUGGUAUCUGGAACUUUGAAGUAGGAGAAAAUUUUGCCGGAGAAGCCACCCUCCGACGCAUCUAUGCCACAUGGGAACACAAUAUGAAAAACCAUUUGCAAGUAUACAGCUACUUCUUCACAAAAGGAAAGCAAACAUGCAGAGCCACACUGGAGCUCUCCCCAUGGACCAUGUCAACCCUUCUACAGGUUCAUGUGAGUCAACCCAGUUCCCUCCUUGACCUCCAUCACUUGGACCAGGAAGUAAUCCUGAAAGCUAACACUAAGAACCAGAAGGUCAGCUGGAAAAGUGGGGUCCAGGUUGAAUCACGGGUUCUUCAGCACAAUGCACAGUUCUCCAAUGACCAAGAAGAGGUACACCUUGACAUUGCAGGAUCCUUAGAAGGACAUCUGUGGAACCUUGAAAAUAUCUUUCUACCAGUGUAUGGCAAGAGCUUGCAGGAACUCCUACAGAUAGAUGGAAAGCGACAGUAUCUUCAAGCUUCAACUUCUCUUCUAUAUACCAAAAACCCCAAUGGCUAUCUCCUCUCACUCCCUGUGCAAGAACUGGCUGAUAGAUUCAUUAUACCAGGGCUAAAACUAAAUGACUUCAGUGGAAUAGAAAUCUAUAAGAAAUUAAGUACUUCACCAUUUGCCCUCAACCUAACAAUGCUCCCCAAAGUAAAAUUCCCUGGGGUUGAUCUGUUAACACGAUACUCUAAAUCAGAGGGUUCCUCUGUCCCUAUGUUUGAGGCAACCACACCUGAAAUUCAGUUAACUGUAUCCCAGUUUACACUUCCAAAGAGCUUUCCAGUUGGCAGCACUGUCUUUGAUCUGAAUAAGCUAGCCAAUGUGAUUGCAGAUGUUGAUCUGCCUAGUGUCACCCUGCCUGAGCAGACCAUUGAGAUCCCACCCUUAGAGUUCUCCAUACCUGCUGGGAUUUUUAUUCCUUUCUUUGGAGAACUGACUGCACGGGUUGGGAUGGCUUCUCCACUGUAUAAUGUCACUUGGAGCACUGGUUGGAAAAACAAAGCAGAUCAUGUUGAAACAUUCCUGGAUUCCACAAGCACUUCACCCUUGCAAUUUCUGGAGUAUGCUCUACGAGUUGUGGAAACACACAAAAUUGGAGAUGAUAUGUUCACCUAUAAGAUCAAAGGAACACUUCAACACUGUGACUUCAAUGUGGCGUAUAAUGAAGAUGGUCUAUUUAAAGGACUUUGGGACUGGCAGGGAGAGGCUCACCUGGACAUCACCAGCCCAGCACUGACUGACUUCCAUCUGCACUACAAAGAAGAGAAGACAAGUCUGUCUGCCUCAGCAGCCUCCUCGGCCAUAGGCACUGUGGGUCUGGAUUCAAGCACAGACGACCAGAGUGUGAAGCUGAAUGUCUACUUCCACCCUCAGUCCCCUCCAGAUAAGAAACUCAGCAUAUUCAAAACUGAAUGGCGGUACAAGGAGUCUGAUGGUGAGACAUACAUCAAAAUUAAUUGGGAAGAAGAAGCAGCUUCCAGGUUGCUAGGCUCCCUAAAAAGCAAUGUGCCCAAGGCUUCUGAGGCUAUUUACAAUUAUGUCAAUAAGUACCACCUGGGAUAUGUCUCUUCAGAGCUAAGAAAAAGUCUACAGAACAAUGCUGAACAUGCCUUAAGGAUGGUUGAUGAAAUGAACAUAAGUGUCCAGAGAGUAGCCCGUGAUACCUACCAGGAUCUCUAUGAGGAGAUGUUGGCUCAGGAGAACCAGCACAUCCCUGAGAAACUCAAGAAGAGGGUGUUAGGCAGUCUAGCAGGUGUUACUCGGAAGUGCCACAUGGCAAUCACGUGGCUGAUGGACUCAUUCAUUCAUUUCCUGAAGUUCAAUAGAGUGCAGUUCCCAGGGAAUGCUGGAACAUAUACUGCCGAUGAAUUCUACACUAUAGUCAUGAGGGAAACCACAAAGUCACUAUCUCAACUGUUUAACAGGUUAAGAAACCUGCUUUCCUAUGUUCAGACCCAAGUAGAGAAAUCAAGAUUAAUCAAUGACAUAACAUUUAAAUGUCCUUUUUUGUCAAAACCUUGUAAACUAAAAGAUGUAUUUAUAAUGAUGGGGGACUUAAACAUUUUAUCAGACAUAGCCCAAAAGGAUAUCAAAUUUACAGCAAUACUAAGUAAUCUUCAGAGCUUUCUGGAAAGACUUUUAGACAUCAUAGAAGAACAAAUUAAAUGCCUAAAGGACAAUGAAUCUUCUUGUGUCACUGAUCAUAUCAACACAUUCUUCAAAAUGCAUGUCCCAUAUGCUUUUAAAUUCCUAAUAGAAGACAUAUACUUUGUCUUCAAUGAGUUCAAUGACUUUAUUCAAUCCAUACUUCAGGAGGGGUCCUACAAGCUACAACAGGUCCAUCAGUAUGUGAAGGCCCUUCGUGAAGAGUAUUUUGAUCCAAGCAUGGUUGGCUGGACAGUAAAAUAUUAUGAAAUAGAAGACAAGAUGGUUGACCUGAUCAAGACUCUUCUCAUUUCCCUUAGGGAUUUCUACUCUGAAUACAGUGUGACAGCUGCUGAUUUUGCUUCCAAAAUGUCAACUCAAGUUGAGCAAUUUGUGUCCAGGGAUAUCAGAGAGUACCUUAGCAUGCUUGCUGAUAUAAAUGGAAAGGGGAGGGAAAAGAUUGAAGAGCUUUCUAUUGUGGCAAAGGAAGCGAUGAAAAGCUGGGCAGAAACAAUGUCUGAUUACCCCCAGCAGUUCCAUUCCAAACUACAGGAUUUUUCGGACCAACUCUCUGGCUUCUAUGAAAAAUUCAUUGCUGAGUCCACAAGAUUGAUUGACCUGUCCAUUCAAAACUACCACAUGUUUCUCAGAUACAUCACCGAGUUACUGAAAAAGCUGCAGGUGGCCACAGCCAGUAACAUGAGCCCCUACAUAAGGCUUGCUCAAGGAGAACUGAUUAUCACCUACUGAUUAGUCUACUAAUGUAUGCAGAUUAAACCGGCACAGAGUUGGAGACUUUGGAGACUACUAUAAAAACCAUCCUGAGCCAGACCUGCUGCCAACAGCAAGAGCAAAAAGCACACAGGAACUACACCUGUAGCCAAGCUGGCACAGGACCAAGAACUUUGAAGCAGCCUGAACUCAAGACGACAUAUUUUACAAGUUAGAGAAAAAUCGAGAUCUAA